AUGUAUUCAAUAUGGUUGUGGAUCGCUUUUGUGGAACCUUCUCGUGAAUUCGAAGAGGACCAUAAAACAGAGAAAUCUAAUGCUGAAGACAGCGAUGCACUUGAAAAGGGCCUACAGCAACCAUUGCUGAUUACUUUGAAAGAUAAGGUAGAUGAAGAUGCUGAUCAGGAUAAUGAUGAUAGCGAAGAAGCUCCAGAGGAAUCUCAUCGGCCAACCACUUCAAUUAGAUCGGCAUAUAGUCUCCUUACACCUUCUGUAAAGGUUCAGUUAUUGAUAUAUUUCAUGCUCAAAUAUGUAAUGGAGAUUUUACUAGCAGAAUCUAGUGUCAUCACAACAUACUACUUUAAGUGGUCAACAGGCACAGUUGCCAUUUUUCUUGCUGGCCUUGGUUUGACAGUUCUUCCUAUAAACGUUAUUAUUGGAACCUAUGUAAGCAACUUGUUUGACGACAGGCAAAUUCUGUUGGCAUCAGAAAUCAUGGUUUUAAUUGGCAUAGUCUCGGCCUUUCAUGUAAUCAUUCCAUACUCUGAGCUACAGUACAUCUGUUCAGGUCUUAUCAUGUUUGUUUCUGCUGAAGUACUUGAAGGUAUCAACUUGUCACUGCUUUCACGAGUUAUGUCAUCGAGGCUUUCUCGAGGAACAUAUAAUGGAGGGCUUCUAUCUACAGAGGCUGGGACAAUUGCAAGAGUGAUUGCUGAUGCAACCAUUACCCUUGCUGGCUACAUGGGUGUGGGUAGUCUACUGAAUAUCACCCUAGCUCCUUCCCUCUUCAUUUGCAUAAUUUCCAUCAUUGCAACCUGCUAUACCUACAACUCAUUAUAUUAUUGA